GAGCGAGUAAAGUUUGCAGCCUAACCGUGUGAAAGACCUUAUAAUGAAUUAAGACGAUCACAAAACUGCAACAAAAUGAAAGUUCCUCGUUUGCUCGUGUUUGCAGUCAGUGUGCUGCUAUGUUGGCAUUGCAGUAGUGGUCAGCAGAGAGGGUUGUUUCCGGCUGUGUUAAAUCUUGCCAGCAUGGCUGAUAUUAGUGCCAAUGCUACCUGUGGUCAAAAUGGGUCUGAAAUGUACUGCAAACUGGUGGAACAUGUUCCUGGGCGACCAUUUAGGAACCCACAGUGCAGAAUCUGUGACUUAAAUAGUAGAAAUCCGAAGGAACGACAUCAAAUAACAAAUGCAAUUGAUGGCACCAACAGAUGGUGGCAAAGCCCCAGUAUUCAAAAUGGAAUGGAGUACCAUUAUGUGACUAUCACUCUGGACCUAAAACAGGUGUUCCAGAUUGCAUAUGUUAUAAUAAAAGCAGCCAAUUCUCCACGCCCUGGGAAUUGGAUUUUAGAACGUUCCAUUGAUGGAAUCAUUUACAAACCAUGGCAGUACUAUGCCAUAACGGAUACAGAAUGUUCUACUCGCUACAACAUUGUGCCUCGACCAGGUAACCCAACAUAUACAUCGGAUGAUGAAAUUAUUUGCACCUCAUUCUAUUCGAAAAUUCAACCUCUGGAAAACGGUGAGAUUCAUACUUCCCUUAUCAAUGGAAGACCAAGUGCUGAAGAUCCAUCCCCGACUUUACUGGAGUUCACUUCAGCUCGCUAUAUUCGUCUGAGGCUUGAAAGAAUAAGAACGCUUAAUGCUGAUCUGAUGACACUGGCAUACAAUGAUCCAAAAGAUAUUGAUCCUAUUGUUACAAGAAGGUAUUACUACACGCUGAAAGACAUUUCUAUCGGUGGGAUGUGCAUCUGCUAUGGACAUGCAAGUGCUUGCCCUCUUGAUUUAGUAACCAAUAAAUUUAGCUGCAAAUGUGAACACAAUACCUGUGGAGAAAGUUGUGAUCGUUGCUGUCCUGGAUUCCAUCAAAAACCAUGGGCAGCUGGAACAUUUUACAGCAGCAAGUUAUGUGAACAAUGUAAUUGCCAUGGAAAAGCUAAAGAUUGCUACUAUGAUGAAGAUGUAGCAAACAGGAGCCAGAGUUUAAAUAUAAAGGGAGAGUACAUUGGCGGUGGUGUAUGCAUUGAUUGUGUGAACAAUACAACAGGGAUAAACUGUGAGACCUGCAUUGAUGAAUAUUUCAGACCAGAAUGGAUUUCUCCUUAUGAACCAAAUCCAUGUAUACCUUGUUUGUGCGAUCCAGUUGGGUCCUUUCAUAAUAAGUGUAUUAAGGAUAUCAAGCACAUUGAAGGAGGUCUGCUUCCUGGGUCUUGCCACUGCAAGGCUGGUUAUGGUGGAGAUAAAUGUGAUAGAUGUGCAUUUGGUUUCACUGGAUAUCCAAAUUGUGUACCAUGUAGCUGUAGUAUUGAUGGAAGCCUGAACGAUGACCCAUGCAUUGGGUCAUGUGUUUGCAAGGCCAAUACUGAAGGAGAAAAUUGUGACCAAUGUAAAGCAGGAUUCUUCAACUUGCGCUCAGAGAACUACUAUGGUUGUGAAAGGUGUUUCUGUUCAGGAGUAUCUAGUGACUGUGAGUGCUCUCAAUGGAGAUACAGUAAUGUGACUGACAUGUUUGGCUGGUUCCUUACUGAUUUACAAGGUACUUUAAAAAUCCUCCCCAAGCAGGGGGAUAGACGACAGCAGGUGACCAUAAAUGAAUUUGAAGGGAGCCGGGUUUUACCUCGGCAGUAUUACUGGAGUGCACCAAGUGCGUAUUUGGGCCAAAAGCUGACAGCAUAUGGAGGGAAAUUGAUUUUCACCAUCUCUGCUGACUCCACAGGACCUCUGUCACACAGUCAAAAGUCUCAAGUCAUCCUGGAGGGUAAUGGCAUCCUCAUAAGUGAUGGUAUUGAAGGAAUUGAGCUUGAUCCACUGACAGAGCACACCAAAAUGAUAGUUCUACGACCAGAGAACUUUGUGAUUCAUUCCACAAUGUCACCUGUAAACAGAAAGGACAUCAUGACUGUUUUGGCAAACAUCACUCGUCUUCUAAUAAGGGCCACAUAUAGCUACGAUCAGACUGCCAUCUAUAGGUUGAGCUCUGUUAUACUCCAGACAGCUAAUCCAAAUUCAUUAGGCCAACAGACAGCUACAAGCGUUGAGAUUUGUCACUGCCCCCCUGAGUACUCUGGCACAUCUUGUGAAUCCUGUGCGCCUGGAUACAGACGAGUAAAUGGCACCCUCUAUGGAGGAAUCUGUGUACAGUGUACUUGUUAUGGCCAUUCUAACUAUUGUGAUGACAUUACUGGAGAAUGUUUGAAUUGUCAACAUGAUACGACUGGCAGGUUUUGUGAUAAAUGUCAGCCUGGCUUUUAUGGAGAUCCAACUCAAGGAACACCCAAUGAUUGUCACCCUUGCAGUUGCCCAUUUCUAAUUUCUACAAAUAAUUUUAGUCCAACUUGUCACCUGGAUUCUAGGGGAGAGAUAAUAUGUGACCAGUGUGCUCCUGGAUAUGCAGGAUCUCGAUGUGACAGGUGUUCUGAAGGCUUCUUUGGACGGCCUAACAAACCAGGUGGAUUAUGCCAACCCUGCCAAUGCAAUGGUAACCUUGAUCUGUCUGUGCCUGGCAGCUGCAAUUCUUUGACAGGAGAAUGUUUACGUUGUAUUGAGGGAAUUUCUGGUCAGUUCUGUGAUCAAUGUGCUGAAGGUUUCUUUGGAGAUGCUGUUGUAGCCCGGAAUUGCCGGCCCUGUGACUGUCAUGUCAACGGGUCCAUUGCUGAGCUCUGUGACAAGCAGACCGGACAGUGCCAGUGCAAACACAAUGUUGCAGGAAGACAAUGCGAUCAUUGUUUGCCCAACUGCUGGUGGGAUCAUGAAAAGAAGGUUUGCAUGCCAUGCCUGUGCAGUCCCAUCGGUUCCAUGUCACUCCGGUGUGACCAAACAGGGACAUGUAUCUGUAAACCAGGUUUCUUGGGGAAGCACUGCACUCUCAGCAGGCAGCUCCAUGAACAGCAAUACGAUGAGGGUUCAGAGAUGGCGAAAUCAGUUCAAAACCAACGUCGACGAUGGUGGGCAACAGGCAUUGGUGGCUGUCCACGGGGUGCAUACAAGCCUGCUACAGCCUCUGCCAGAGGGAGUGAAACUUAUUACCUGCAUUCUUCAAGGGGCUGUAUACCCUGUAAUUGCAAUUCAUUUGGAUCAAAAUCAUUCGACUGUGAUGAUAAAGGCCAGUGCAGAUGUCAGCCUGGAGUGGCAGAGCAGAAAUGUGAUCGAUGUGCUCUUGGCUUUUAUCACUUUCAAGAAGGAGGAUGUGUUUCAUGUGAAUGUGCCCAUGUCGGCAACCAUUGUGAUUCAGAAACCGGACAGUGUAUCUGCCCUCCAAAUACAGUGGGAGAAAAAUGCGACAAAUGUGCUGCAAACUUCUGGGGUCAUAACUUUGUCAGUGGAUGUAAACCCUGUAACUGUACAGUUGUGGGAUCUUUAAACCUUCAAUGUGAUGAUGCAACAGGCUGCUGUUUCUGUCGUCCAAAGUUCACAGGGGAAAAAUGUAACCGAUGCAGAGAAGGUUACUGGAACUAUCCACUGUGCCGGCACUGUGACUGUGAUCUGGCAGGGACAGAGAGUCAAACCUGUGACGAAGCCGGAAUUUGUUCAUGUGCAGAUUAUAGCGGACAGUGUAACUGUAAGGUGAAUGUGGAGGGAAUCAGUUGUAAUAAGUGUAAGACUGGUGCUUUUGCGCUCUAUUCAAACAAUCCUCAUGGAUGCAGUAGCUGUUACUGCUCAGGUGUGACUACGCAAUGUACUGAGGCAAAAGGACUGAUCCGCAAGAGACUGAUGCUUAAUCCUGACCAGACUGUACUGAAAAUAGUAAAUAAACUAAAUAACCGCGAAACAACUGAUGGUGUCUUUCAUCAGCAUCCAGAGAUAGUAGCUAAUGUAGAUGUAGUAAUUAAACAUCUUCUCUAUGAGCCUUUUUACUGGAAACUUCCAGAGCAGUUUGAAGGUGAAAAGCUCAAAGCUUAUGGUGGCAAGUUGAGGUAUGCCAUUUAUUUUGAAGCUCGAGAAGAAGUGGGUCAAUCCACCUACGAACCACAGAUUAUUAUGAGAGGUGGGCCCGCAAGCAAGUUGACCAUUGUACGACAUGUAUCCGCUCCUCAAAUUGGUCAGUUAACCAGACACGAGGUAGAGCUCACUGAGCAUGAUUGGAAAUAUGACAAUUCACCAGAUGGCAGACCUGUUUCUCGCAAAGACUUCAUGGAUUUGCUGUAUGACAUUAAUUCCAUCCUCAUUAAGGCAUCCUACGGGACUUUCAUGAGACAAAUCAGAAUCUCUGAGAUAUCUAUGGAAGUGGCUGAAGCCAGUGAUCACUACUUCAGGGCUGAACAUGCCCAACAGAUUGAGCAAUGCUUUUGUCCAGAAGGUUAUUCUGGCCUGUCAUGCCAGGAUUGUAUGCUCGGUUAUUACAGAGUACCGUUGAGAUCAACAAUCAGGGAGCACAGACUGGUGGUGUGGAGCUGUGUACAAUGUCAGUGCAAUGGCCAUAGUGACAUUUGUGACAGUAAGACUUCGAUUUGUCAGAAUUGUCGUGACAACACAGCUGGUGCGCAUUGUGAAGUGUGUGCUCCUGGGUACUAUGGAAUAGUAAGAGGAUCUCCAAAUGACUGCCGUCCUUGUGCUUGUCCCCUUCAAAUCUCCAGUAACAACUUUAGUCCUACCUGCGUUAUAGAAGGACAUCAUGCUUAUCGCUGCGAUGCAUGUAAAGAAGGAUAUGAGGGGCAGCACUGUGACAGGUGUGCACCUGGUUACUAUGGUAAUCCAAGAAUUGAAGGAAGCUCUUGUAUACAAUGUGAGUGUGAUCCUGUUGGUUCAUUACCUGUACCAUGUGACAAAGCCACUGGUCAAUGUAGUUGCAAACCAGGAAUGAGGGGCUGGAACUGCGAUAGCUGCAUGGAGUGGCAUGUUCGCGAGGGCACAAAAUGUAUUUCCUGUGACGAUGAGUGCACUGGACUUCUGCUGAAUGACCUUGAACAACUUAAUAAACUAAUUACUGGUCUGAAUCUCUCAGGACCCUUCCCUCCUCCUUAUAAGGUGCUUUAUAGAUAUGAAAAUAUAUCUCAGGAAUUGAAGUACCUCAUGUCACCUCAGAGAGCUCCAGAGAGACUUCUACAGCUUGCUGAUAGUAACCUGGACACAUUAAUCACAGAGAUGGAUGAGCUACUGAACAGAACAACAAAAGUUUCAGCAGAUGGUGAACAAACUGAUAAAGACACAGAGAAGACUGACAAACGAGCAAAGGAGUUAGAAAAGUCCAUCAGACACACUAUGUUGGCUACUCAAGAUUUAAAAGAGAAAGCUAAAAAAAUAAAUGAAACAUUUCGAAUCAAGGAUGGGGUCACAGACAAAAAUCUACAGCACAUUCAGCAAGACAUUGAAAAGAUGAUAGCAGAGAUGAAUGGCAGAUCAUUUGAUAAACAUGAGGAAAUGGUUGAAGAUGAACUUGACGCAGCCAACGCACUAUUAGAGAGAGUGAAAAAGUUGUUCAACAAUCCACAUAAGACGACUCAAGGGCUGAAGGAUGAGGUUAAGAAGAAACUCGCUGAUUACAAAAACAAUUUUGAUGAAGCCCAGGAGCUAUUGAAAGAAGCGCAAGAAAAAAUCAAGGAGACCAACCACUUGUCUGCUGUUAAUCAGAGAAACAUGACUGCAUUGGAGAAAAGGAAACAGGCAGUUGAAGGUGGUAAAAAGGAUACAGAAGAUGUCCUUAAUGAAGGUCAUUAUCUUAUAGCUGCAGCGAAGCAGCUUUUGGAAAAAAUUUCUUUGGGAUUAACUGAACUUAGUGAACAAGAACAUUUAGAGCCAUUAAUUGGGAAGCUAAAAGACAAAAUGGAUGAGCUGGCAGCUGGCAUUCGUGAUGAGAAACUUCCAGAACUAGUCCUUCGAGCAGAGUAUCAUGCUGCAGUACUUAAUGACUCAUCUGGAAUUCUGGAUGGUAUCCUUGCUGAAGCGAAGAAUCUAUCCUUUAAUGCAACUGCAGCCUUCAGAGCUUAUACUAAUAUCAAAGAUAAAAUUGAUGAAGCUGAAAAAGUUGCGAAAGAAGCUAAGGAAACAGCCAAUCAAGCUGUGAGACUGGCAUCUGGUCCAGAUGGAUCUUUGAAGGAAACUGCGAAGAGCUCACUGCAGAAAAGCUUUAGACAGUUAAACGAGGGCAAACGUUUGGGAACAGAUGUAAAAGAGAAAGGAGAUGACUUGAAUAACUUACAAAAUAGGCUAAAUGAUGGUACAACAAAGAAUAAAAACUUGCUGAAAGCCUUAAAUGAUACCCUUGCGAAACUUCAUGCCAUUCCCAAAGAUGCAAGCGCCAAGAUACAAGCAGCUAAAGAUAAAGCCAAACAGGCAAAUGACACUGCAAAUGCAGUGCUGGCGGAAAUAAAAGAUUUAAACCAGAAUCUCCUUGGAUUGCAGGACAACUGCAGCAAACUCAAAGAUGAUGUGGCCAAAGCUAAUGCUGCCAUUAACACUCCGGCUAAGACAAUUGCUGAUGCUGAUAUGAAAGUUAAAGAAUUGGAAGAUAAAGCAGAUAAGUUAAUGGAUAAACUGAAACCAAUCAAGAAUCUUCAGGACACUCUGGGGAGGAAUAUCUCUCACAUCAAAGAUCUUAUAAAUCAAGCCCGUAAACAUGCCAACUCUAUUAAAGUGUCAGUUUCUUCUGGUGGUGACUGUAUCCGCACUUACCGUCCUGACAUUAAAAAAGGCACAUACAACUCUAUUGUUCUGAAUGUGAAGACAUCGGAGCUGGAGAAUCUACUAUUUUAUCUUGGUAGUGCACGAUAUACUGAUUUCUUAGCAAUUGAGAUGCGUAAAGGCAAAGUCAACUUUCUGUGGGAUGUAGGAUCUGGUGUUGGACGUGUUGAAUACCCAGACCUAAUCAUUAAUGACCAAUACUGGUACAGAAUUGAAGCCUCAAGGUUUAGAAGAAAUGGUACGGUUUCUGUGCGUGCACUAGAUGGACCAAGGGCAAGCAUUGUGCCAACCACUUACAGUGCAGUAUCACCUGAGGGCUAUACAAUUCUUGAUGUGGAUGAAAAUGCUUAUCUGUUUGUUGGUGGUCUAACAGGAGAAGUAAAGAAAUCAGAUGUCGUCAAAACAACCACUUUCUCUGGCUGUAUGGGGGAAACGUCCUUGGAUCGUAAACCUAUUGGAUUAUGGAAUUACAGAGACAGACAGGGAGAAUGCAAAGGCUGUGUUGUGAGUAUGAAGGCCAGGCCUGAAGUCAGUUUAAAGAAAUAUAGUGGCUGCCUCAGAGAUAUAGAAAUUUCACGGACACCAUAUAAUCUGUUGAGUGGCGCAGAUUACCUAGGAUUAACAAAAGGCUGUAGUUUAGAGAAUGUCCACACUGUUAGCUUCCAUAAACCAGGAUUUGUUGAGCUUCAGCCACAUUCGUUGAAUGUAGGCACAGAAAUAUCUUUUUCCUUCAGUACUAAAAAUGAGACUGGAAUGAUACUGUAUGGAAGUGGAAAGGCUCCAGCUCAACUCAGGAGGAAACGCCGCCAAACUGGACAGGUCUACUAUGCAGUUUUCCUAAACAGAGGGCGCUUGGAAGUACACGUUGCUACUGGAACCCGAGAACCCCGGCGUGUGACAAUUAGACCAGAGUCUGGAGUGUUCAAUGAUGGAAAGGAACAUAGUGUUAGACUGCAUAGAUCAAGAGGGUAUCUCACUGUGCAAGUGAAUGAAGAAAGAGCUCAAAGGAAAAGUCUACCUAAUGAUCUGCCUCUCGACAUCAAACGGCUGUUUGUUGGAGGUGUCCCUGCCUCAUUCCAAGUCAGUCAAUUAAGAAGUAUCACACAUUUUGAAGGCUGUAUAUGGAACUUAGUUGUUAAUUCAAUACCAUUAGACUUUGCUCAACCAGUGUAUUUUGAGCAUGCAGAAAUUGGAAGGUGCCCAACAUUAAAACAUCCAAAACCACUUCUUGAAGAUGUUGAAGAGAUUGAUACAGCUGAAAUCACAGUCAAACCUAUUUCAGAAAUAAAAAUAAUUCCUACUCCUGCUCCUAAUAUGUGUGCUGCGGACAUUCACCCAAUUGCACUGCUGGGAGCUAAGCGAUUUGGCUUAUCCAAAAAUAGUCAUGUUGCCGUGGAGUUUGACGAUACCAAAGUGAAAACUAGGCUUAUAAUUGAGUUUGAAAUCCAAACAGAAGCAGAAUCUGGUCUUGUAUUUUAUAUGGCAAGAAUUAAUCAUGCAGAUUUUGCAACCAUUCAGAUAAAAGAUGGAAUGGCUCAUUUCAGCUAUGAUCUUGGAAGUGGAAAUGCAAGCACAGUUGUUCAAAAGAAGAUAAAUGAUGGUGAAUGGCAUAAGGUCAGAAUUGUCCGGGAUAGGAAGAGAGUAACAGUUACAAUUGGUCUCACUGUAGCAACUGCAGUCAGUCCUAAAAAUGCAGAUAUUCUGGAUGUCGUGGGUAUGAUUUAUAUUGGAGGAUUGCCCAAGAACUACACAACAAGAAGAAUUGGCCGUGUACUCUACAGUAUAAAUGCUUGUAUCCGUAAUUUUAAACUGAACAACAAAACUUUAGAUCUGGAUAAUCCAACUUCCAGUCUUGAUGUCGGUGUCUGUUUUCUUAAUAGUCAAAGAGGAAAUUAUUUUGAUGGAACAGGAUUUGCUAAAGCAGGUGAUAUGAAACAGUUAGCAUUGACCAUUGAUACUCCUUUCAAGGGCUGCAUAUGUAACCUGAAACUAACGAAGGGGACGCAGACUCUAGAAGUCGAUUUCAGCAAAGCAAUUGAGCUCAAGGGAGUUCAACCCCUUACUUGUCCUGCAUAGUGAAAUCUACUGCUAUGUUUUAAACAAAGAUGAAUGUGUGUGGUUCAGAAUAAGCCUGUAUAACUCAUACAUGGCAGAAAUAUUUUUGGUAAUGCAAUUGAAACAAUCUCAUCAAGUUACAUUAAUACUUUCUUUUCUGUACUAAUCAUUAUCACUAAAAAUAUUUUCUCCGUUUUCAUUUAUUCAUGAAAAUUAAAAUAAGUAUCCUUUCAUCCUACAAA